GCUCAUGCGUCAGAGAGAGACGGUUGGUUUGGCUGUACACUGGGCUGCGAAUUAGCUAGCUAAACUACACCUUAGCCAGGAGUAAAACGUGUUUGCUCGGUGGCUGUGUGGCAUGUUCUAGAUUGAGUAGUUGUUCCGUUAAAAUGAGAGAGGCUGGAAGUUGACUUUGACGCAGAAAAAAAGUCACAACAUUAUGGAGUAAAUGACGAUAAUCUGCCCGCUGAACUUCACCUGGCAAAUCGCCAUAUUGAAAGAAGCAAGUGGCGACGCCAUUGCGUGACGCACUUGUCAUUGAGGCCAUAUCAGGAUGCUUUACCGGAUUUAUUCAAGCUGGUGUGUAUAUUAUAUCUUUGACGCUUUUCGUGCCUACGUCGGCUAAAAGACGUAGCUACCUGUGGAACAGGAGAGAUGACGUGAGAACCAGCAACGUGGCUCUGCUGGCCUGGCAAUCCGCUCCAUGGCAACUAAAGAACUGGACGAAAUAAUCCAAAAUAUUGUUCUUCUGUGACCUAAUAUGGGUUUCUUUCAACCAAAAUUGCCCCACAAUUACAUGGAUGCAUGUAUGUUGGCUGUAUGGAACCCAUGCAACAUUCUUCACAGAGAUCAGUGGCAUAUCUUUCUUUGGACAGCAACCUGCUCGGAUGUGAUGGGAGAGUCGUGUUGGCUGCGAGCAUUUAGAGUCAGCAGGGGAGACAGAGGCUCCAGUGUAACAAGAGAGAGAGAGAGAGAGAGAGAGGCCGUUCUGUGCUGUGUGACUCCGAUGAACACAGCGGUUGUUGGGGAAAAGGUGAUUAGAGAAAUCCCCCGGACCCUGUCAGACACCCCGCAUCAGCACACUCAUACACUGAGAUGACCCAGGAACAGUGCACUCAUAGGAACAAUGUCCAGAGUUCAGAGAAACCACAAGUGUACAAAGUGGGAAUAUACGGCUGGAGGAAACGCUGCCUUUACUUCUUCGUCCUGCUGCUGAUGAUCCUGAUCCUCGUCAACUUGGCACUAACUAUCUGGAUCCUCAAAGUCAUGAACUUCACCAUAGAUGGCAUGGGCAACCUGAGAAUAACCGAGAAGGGCCUGAAACUGGAAGGGGACUCGGAGUUCCUCCAACCCCUCUAUGCCAAAGAAAUCCACUCCAAACCAGGCCGGCCUCUGUUCCUGCAGUCAUCCAGAAACGUGUCGGUCAAUAUCGUCAACAGCAACAACCAGCUGCUCACGCAACUUGUAACAGGAUCCAGUGGAUUUAAAGCACGAGGCAAGAUGUUUGAAGUCAAAUCCACCUCCGGGAAGCUCCUCUUCUCCGCCGACGAGCAGGAGGUGGUGGUGGGUGCCGAGAGGCUCCGAGUGAUGGGGGCCGAAGGAGCCGUGUUCAGCAAAUCGGUGGAGACGCCUCACGUCAGGGCCGAGCCUUUCAAGGAGCUAAGGCUGGAGUCUCCCACUCGCUCCCUACUGAUGGAGGCUCCUAAAGGCAUCCAGAUCCUGGCUGAGGCCGGAGACAUCCAGGCCAUCUGCAGGAACGAGCUGCGACUGGAGUCCAAAGAUGGAGAGAUCUCUCUGGAUGCUCGGAGGAUUCGCCUGAUGCGGCUGCCCGAGGGGAAGGCCUCCACCAGCUCCUCGUCCUCUGGGAACAGGCAGACUGUCUACGAGGUUUGCGUUUGCCCCAACGGGAGGCUUUUCCUGUCCCAGGCGGGCACCGGAUCCACCUGCCAGAUCAAAAACAGUGUCUGCCUCUAGGACUGAAACAUGCAAAUAUGAAUAAACACACAGGUAUCCUGAACGAAAGACGGGCAAAACACAGACAGAUGUACCCAUAUCGCCUGCCUCCAGGACUGAUAAACAGCAAACACAGACAGACACUGCAUACAGAGACUGCCAGAGCUGAUCGAAAUAUAAACAAUCAUAGAUACUGUAACUAUACAGACACACUGGUGUGUACACUUUGCAAUCACAAACACUCAGACUGAUAUUUAGUCUACACCAAUAUGUUUUAACAGGCCAAUACUGAAAAUUUUGAAUUGAAGUUGCUGACAGUGGAUCUUCUGUGCCAAUAUUUCAAUGCUAAAAGAUAUUUUCUCCCUUGAUUUUAUACGUUUGAGAGUGGAAAAGCCUUUGAAAUCAGCAUUUAGAGCAUCCCCGGGACACUAAAACUCCCCACCGAUUGUCAUACGCAUCUCUCUGAACUCUUUAUACAUACCGUGCAGCAGUUGUUGUUGGCUUUUGAACUUAAUUACAUGAAUAAAAGAAAGAAAGAAUAAAUGUGUUUCAUCGCAGGUUUUAACAAGUUUUUAAUACAACCGAGGUCAGAAAGGAAUCUCCGUCAUAUUGGGAAUAUACAGUAGGACACUGACUGGCUCAUAUAUUUAACAAAAGGACAGUAUUUGAAAUCUAUUGGUCUGACUCUAACAGUCAUACAUGACACUGCUAUGUAUCAAUAGCGUACACACAUAGAGAUGCACACACUAGCUUACAGACAUACAUUCACACAAUAUACAUGUUUUAAUGCACACACACACAAACAUACUUUGCUCCUAGUAGAAACUGAGAGGAAAAUCUACUUUUUUGAGAUUUACUAGAAGAGACACUGAUCUAGGCCCUUUGUCCCUCAAGAUGAUUUCAGUACCAGAAUCACUGGGGUGGUCACCUAUGGCAAAAGACCCAGCCCCCUCCCCUCCGUUCUUCUUCUCUUUUUCCUAAUCUUCUCCUAUACCACAGCUGAGAUGAGUAAAGGAUUUAUGCUUUCCCUGUUGUUCACAAGGCAUUUUAACGCCCCAUAGGAAUGCUAUAAGCACUUGAUUACGGCUAUUCAUAACAUCAAUUGGGUCAGGAGAUGGUGUAAUGAACAUGCUCGUGGCAUGGAUCUAUUAUAAGAAUUGGAUACUGGACUCCAAAAUGGCACCAAUUCAUUUCAAUUACGGCCAGCACACGAAAAAAGCAACAACAACAAAAAGGCUUUCAGUUUACUGCCCUGCUCUGCCCAUAUGCAUUGCAUUGGGAUGAUGUCACGCUUAUAGGCUCUGGGAAAGUUUGACCUAUAUAACACAGUGUUUCCCCCACUGUAUUGCAAGCCUGGUGGCCCACUGGACCUAUGUUGCCCCCUACCAGGCCUAAGCCAUUGGGGGGAGGGGGGGAUUUAAAUGUAUUUUUUAAGACGUUUUUUAAACUACAGUUACAGUGGGGUGGCUUGGUUGGAAACUUAGAGGUAGUCAUAUUUUCAAAUCUCCAGUCAGCUUUUAGCAGAGAAAAUGAAAGCUCAGAUGGGCAGAUCUGGACUCUU